AAGGCGAAUAAUUACACCAAUCAGAUUUAGUGUGAACUUAAUUAGAACGGUAUCCACAGCUACAACUCAAGGAACCACCAUAGGGAGUACUAGUACACCACAUAGAAAGUCACGUUACAUAAAAACACCAAACAUGUCACAUUCUCGUCAUACUAGUGUCACCGACAUGCAACAAGAUAUGUAUUUCGGUACAGAAGUAGUCAACAGAGUUCUGUUUCUACGUGAAGAUACUGAAUUUAUAACUCAAUCUUUAUUUCAUCCCUCCACUAGAUUCAUAUUUUAUCAUGAUCAAAAGCCAUUGAUUCAUAAGAAUUUCACCAACAAAUUGACAAUUUUAACUAAUGGAUCAAAGCAAUUGUCGAUUGAUUCCAUGGGGAAAGGCAAAAUCGGAUUCACCGGCGAACAUGCAGUUGUUGAAUCUGGAUUAUUGGAUUCGGUUGACAAUUGGAAAUCAGUUUUGACAACUUGGAAUUCUGACAAUAAAACCCAAGCUCUGGAUUUAAGAGCCAGCAAUAAACCGGUGUUUUUGUUCUUGGGUUUGUUAGAUGAAAGUGUUGGAUUGGAUUUGCAUACUUUGAAAUUUGAUGAUUCAGAUCAGGAAAAAUUUUUGGACCAUCAAGGUAGAUACCAAGGUAUUGCUUAUUAUGCCGUUGAUUUAACCAAUUCUCCAGAAUUAACUAAUUCCAUUGUUACUUUUGUUAAUGAUUAUAUAAAUCAUCAUUAUACCAAGGGUGUUGUGAACACCCCUGAGGAAAAUGGUGUAUUUUUCACUCAUUCAAGAAAGCAUUACCUUGGAUUUGAAAACAGAGAGGCAUCAUUGUUCUCUCAAGGUGCUAUGUUUUUCAGUUGGUUAGACAAGAACAAGUUUUGUCCUGGGUGUGGACAUCCAGUUAUUCCAAUCCAUGCUGGAGGUAAACUUUAUUGUACCAAUACUGGUACAGAAAAGGAUGCUGAAGGUCAAGACAAGUUUACAUGUUCUGUUAAGUCGGCACCAGUUGCCAAUGUAUCAUUCCCAAGAACAGAUAUGGUCAUAAUAACCACCAUAGCUAAUCGUGAUAGCACAAAAAUUUUGCUUCUGCUUUCUAAAAGGUAUGCAUUUUCUAAAAUGUAUUCAUGUACUGCUGGGUUCAUGGAACCGCUGGAAACAGUUGAAGUUGCUACUAAACGAGAAAUUUGGGAAGAAACUGGGGUCAAUUGUAGUGAAAUCAAUAUUAUCAUGACCCAGCCAUGGCCAUUCCCUUCUAAUUUAAUGAUUGGAUGUAUGGGUAUUGUCGAUUUCAAUGGUGAAAAUGAACAAAUUCAUUUGGGUCAUGAUAACGAAUUAAGUGAUGCCAGAUGGUUUGAUAUUGACUUUGUGAGACAAUUGGUAUAUCCUAGUAAAGAUGAAGAUGAAGAUUUUAACCCAGAGGGAAUCAUGUUACCUAUGCCUGAAUCAAUUGCAUUCCAAUUAAUUAAAUUGGUGGUUGAUGAAGCAACAAAUAAGCACAAAUUGUAAUUUAUAUUUGAUUUAUAGACAUUCUAUGUUAUUAUCUGUAUGUUAGGUAGAUCUCUUAGGUAUAUAUAAUACUUAUACAGUAAGUUGUUUUUCUAUAUAGUAAGUAUAAUUUGUUCUGUAAGUAGAGUCCAAUUGAAUAUGCAAGG